AGUCUCCUCCCCCCUCCAGCAUGGCGCUCCCCUGGCACUACCACGGCUCCCUCACCCGCAGCGCAGGCCUUUACUCCGCCCUAGGGAAGCAGGCAAAGCUCCUCUCCCUCAAGCCCGUAGCCAAGAUAGAGUUCACCUUUGACCCCUUCACUGAGAACGCCGUGGUGGUCAGAAAUCUUUCAAAUUACUUCUACCAGGAGAAGGUCCGUGACACCAACCUCAAAUGUAUUCUGAAGACUAACAUCGUCAACACCCGAGCGGAGCCAACCGUACUCGUUAAACUGGUUGACAACAAGAAAAUCCUGUUCAAGGCCAACAACCUGCAAACUCUUGAGAUUCUUCAGAAAUACAAUGAGUUGGUGAGCAGCAAGGCCAAGGCAGAGGAAAGUACCGAGGUUGCCAAGCCCAAGCAAACCAAGUCACAGAAGAGGAGAUAGAAGGAAAUCACUCACCGUGUAAAUACUUAAAUAUAAUACGUUAGUCUUUUUUACUGGGGAUUUAUAUAUAUAACGAAGAAUCAUUUAGAGCCUAGAAACAGUGUGAUUGGAGGCAUCAUCUGCUCACAUACUGGCAUUCCACCUUUACCAGCUUUGUUCUGACGUUCCACCUUGGUCUUGGUUUUGGUUGGGAGUCUGCUUCAUUAUUGCUGAUUAUUGUGGCAUUUGAUUUGGCACUCUCCCAUUAGUACCAACCUUCCUCCUGACCUUCUUUUGCCCUUUGAUAUUCACCACACCCUACACUAAACUUUAUUGUGUGCUUGUGUGUCCUACCACCACCACCACCACCACUUUUAUUCUUUGUCACUUGACGUCACACCACCACCACUACCACCACCAUGUCGACUCAAGCGCAACGCAAGUAUGAGGCCACCAUGAGCAUCGUCAACAAGGUGUAUGACAGUGUACCGGCCUUCACCGACGUCUUCGAUGAGGACACCUGGUACGUCUUUGCUGGCUGCUUCACCUUAGCCACCAUCAUAGUGUCCUUCAUCGCCUCUCGGUACAUAACCUUGAAACCGUUAGAGUAGCAUUGACACCACCAGCAGCAGGAUUGGAAAAGGAAAUCUGACGAGGA